AAACCAAAAUCAAACACAGAUUUCCAUACUAACUACCCCUCCAAAGGUAACGCAUUAGCUAUACCAUUAAUCUGGCAAAGUAGGCAGGAAAAUGAAGGAGUGCAUUUGUUUCAUUAGAGGCAUUUCGUUUUGAGAGGUGGACAGGAGAGCUAUACACAAGACUCAAGUUUCUUGAUACAGUAAGUACAUCAAGAAUAUAAACGUGUUUGAUAAAAUGAACAUUUUAAAAACAUGGCACCAGGCUAUGAUUCUUCUUCCUGCACACCUUCAUGCCUAACUUUUUGAAAGGACUUGAGACAUAUGAAUCACAAUUUUAAAAAAUUAUAGUUUCAAUGCCUUCGUGGUGGAUCAAUUUCCGUAGAAGUCUACCAAAAUGACUUAUCUUCAUCCCAGGGAACCAACUGCAAGAGGGAAAAUGAAAGAAAUGUCAUAUUCUUUCUAUGUAGGCAGAGUGGACUUGAGUAUGGGUCAGAAACACUGAUUUCAGUCUGUGCACUACAACUUGAUGACUUGGGUGAUGUUUGGCUUCUCAGAACUUUGGGAGAUGAAUUUGAAAAACAGAUAAUACCACACUAUAUAAUUCAGAGGAUUACCUCAGCUUACAAACAGCAAAUGAGAUGCAAAUGUGAGACAUAAUUCAUAUUUCUAAGCAGUUGGAGCCCUGAUAUAGCACUGGGGUUAUAGAGAAGUUGGGGAAAAUGUCAACCCAGUGAUGUCAUACUCCUAGGCCGGGCCCUAAGAUUUUUUGGAACCUGGCGGGCUGAGCACAAUAGGGAAAGCCUCAGCACCCUGACUUGGCACAAUGGCACCCUUAAGGCUCUUUGCUCACUCAAUUCUUAGUAGCUCUCCUAAAGCACGGGGGUGUUUUCUUCCAGUUCUCUGCGUAGACUUUGCUAUGCCUCUCCGCCCACUGCCUCAUCCAGAGAAACACUCGUAUCCACCACCGCUCCUCACUUUCCCUCACGCACGGCUCUAGGAAGACGAGGACAGGGCGCGGCGUAGGCUUUAUAUACUUUGCCAGCCAAUGACCGCGCCGUCUCCUUUCCGGUCGGCAAUCCGACCAAUCCAAGAAGGCUGGUGCAAUCUUCGGCUCUACUCGGCUCUUUUCGCUGAUGCGGGCAGCUUGGGGGCCGCGGCAGCUAGAGAGACGCUUUCCUUUUUAAUUUUUUUUCCAUGUGUUCACUUCCGGGUCCGGCGUCGAUCCGGAUGCCCGAGGCAGAAGGAUGUUUGACCUCCGGAUAAGCGAGGCGCCGCUGUGCAUUCAUUCCCAGCUGCAUCGGUGGCGACAGCAGAAGCUCGGGCGGCGACUCUCCGGCCAGCGGCGGCGGUAGAAGACACCAGCGGCAGUGCAAGGACCGAAUCCGAGCAGCGCUGCGUUACCUCGCUCGCUCCUUCCCCCCUACCUCGCUCGCUCGCUCCCUGCGUGCUCGCUUUCCUCCUCCGGCCGCCGGCGGGUGUGAUGUGCCGUCGUCGCUGCCCCCGCCGGCGCUGACUGACUGACUGGGGGCGCCGCCCGCGCCCGGGACCGACCCCGCUGCUCGCGGCCGCGCCUCUGAGCUCUCUAUCAAUAUCAGCUCACAUCAUUGAAAAGAUAAUUUUGAAGACAUGUUUUGCUGAAAAGACAACUGAGAAAAAUUUUACGAAUGGGAUGAGCAUGCUGCAGUUAAUUGACUACCUACUGCAAUUUGAAUGUUAACAUUACCCAUCUGGUACAGUUACCUAGUGAUGUACCUAUUUUCACAAUACCCUAUUUCAGUGUGCUUGUCUUGAUUAAAGAAUUCAAAGUGGAGUACCGCAAACUUGAUAUGGAAAAUAAAAAGAAAGACAAGGACAAAUCAGAUGAUAGAAUGGCACGACCUAGUGGUCGAUCAGGACACAACACUCGAGGAACUGGGUCUUCAUCGUCUGGAGUUUUAAUGGUUGGACCUAACUUUAGAGUUGGAAAAAAAAUUGGAUGUGGCAAUUUUGGAGAAUUACGAUUAGGGAAAAAUUUAUACACAAAUGAAUAUGUGGCAAUUAAGUUGGAGCCCAUGAAAUCAAGAGCACCACAGCUACAUUUGGAAUACAGAUUCUAUAAGCAGUUAGGAUCUGGAGAUGGUAUACCUCAAGUUUACUAUUUCGGCCCUUGUGGUAAAUACAAUGCUAUGGUGCUGGAACUACUGGGACCUAGUUUGGAAGACUUGUUUGACUUAUGUGACAGAACAUUUUCUCUUAAAACAGUUCUCAUGAUAGCUAUACAACUGAUUUCUCGCAUGGAAUAUGUCCAUUCAAAGAACUUGAUAUACAGAGAUGUAAAACCUGAGAACUUCUUAAUAGGACGACCAGGAAACAAAACCCAGCAAGUUAUUCACAUUAUAGAUUUUGGUUUGGCAAAGGAAUAUAUUGAUCCAGAGACAAAGAAACACAUACCAUACAGAGAACACAAGAGCCUUACAGGAACAGCUAGAUAUAUGAGCAUAAACACACAUUUAGGAAAAGAACAAAGUAGAAGAGAUGAUUUAGAAGCUUUAGGUCAUAUGUUCAUGUACUUUCUGAGAGGCAGUCUUCCUUGGCAAGGCUUAAAGGCUGACACAUUAAAAGAGAGGUAUCAGAAAAUUGGAGAUACAAAACGGGCUACACCAAUAGAAGUAUUAUGUGAAAAUUUUCCAGAAGAAAUGGCAACAUAUCUUCGUUAUGUAAGAAGGCUAGAUUUUUUUGAAAAACCAGACUAUGACUACUUAAGAAAGCUUUUUACUGACUUGUUUGAUCGAAAAGGAUAUAUGUUUGAUUAUGAAUAUGACUGGAUUGGUAAACAGUUGCCUACUCCAGUGGGUGCAGUUCAGCAAGAUCCUGCUCUGUCAUCAAACAGAGAAGCACAUCAACACAGAGAUAAGAUGCAACAAUCCAAAAACCAGGUUGUAAGUUCUACAAAUGGAGAGUUAAACACAGAUGACCCCACCGCAGGACGUUCAAAUGCACCCAUCACAGCCCCUACUGAAGUAGAAGUGAUGGAUGAAACCAACUGCCAGAAAGUGUUGAACAUGUGGUGCUGCUGUUUUUUCAAACGAAGGAAAAGGAAAACCAUACAGCGCCACAAAUGACUCUGGACACAGACAGAUCCUGGGGAGUUACUUACAUGUUCAUCUGCUGUCUUGUGAUUAAAAUCAUCUCUGUAGUGACCACAUAUAUUUUCAAGGACUCACUCUUAGAAACAAAAAUGUCAUACUUUCAUACUUCAUUUUGUGGUUGUCUUACAUUCUUUUUUUUUUUUUCUAAUUGAACUUUUAUGGAAGCUUUAAAGUUUUGUCAAAACAUGAGUGCUCUGCCCAUCAGUGAAUGGAAUGGACCAAUGAGGUGGUAUCGAUGAAUAUAGUUCUAUAGAACAUUUUUCAGAAGUUCUUCUGUUGCAGAAAGCAUACAGUAUCUUAAGUGUCAACCAGUUGUAUACCUAAUCUGGUUUUUUAUAACUUCUGUAAGGGCAUAAUCAAACAGGAAUUUUCUUUCUCAGUGGAUAAUACAACAGAGAAAACAGAGUUGUCCAAAUAUUUAAAAGAAGUUAUUCCUUGAGAAGUUCAUAUUUUGUGACAUCUGCAUUGAUUUCAGUGUUACUGAUGGUACUGUUAUUCAUAAGUCAUAUUAACAUUCUCUCUGUGAAAUCAUGGUACAGUCACUGCCCAGAGGUACUGAGGAAAAAGCAAUAUGGGUUCCGCAGAUGGUAGUGGUAAAAUGAAUCUUAAGUAGUGCGGUAAAUAUGUGCUCUGCUUUUGUUGCACCACCAUGUGAAGUACUGUGUUGCAGAAGUGGCAAAAACGCUUAUUUUUUAAAAUGCAAAAUAUUUGUACAAUGUAACUUUAUGCUUCCAAAUAAUAAUGUAUGUUAGACAGCAAGAAAUGAAUACUUUAAACAGUGAUAUAUGUUGGAGUUACAAAGAAAUACACUAAGGAGAGGUAGUAAAUGUGAACCUUGUUGCAGUGUGUAAGGUGGAAGCCUAAAGAAAUCUCACUGAAACUUACUGCUGAAUGAUUACAUUCUCCCCUAAGCAGAAAACUUUGGAUGUGCCAUGCAAUGGUGUCUGUGUAAUUAUUUUGCUCUUUGAUAAAAAAAAAAGACCCCCAGCAAUAAAAAGUGGGUCACUCUAUGCCCUCUGUGCACAUUAGUCUCUUGUAUUCAACUUUGCUGAUUCUCUGGAAUUUUCCUACUCUUUAGCAUAAUUUUGAUGAUUGAAAAAUAUUUUGGAAACGAUGGGUCAGGUGCUUUGCCUCCAUAGUCUUUUGAAGUGCCUGCAUAUGAACAAAAAAAAAAAAAACUAAUUCUGUAAAAAAGGAAGCCCAUUCCACUUUUCAAGUAUGCUUUGUUUUAAGCCAUAAAGACACACAUGUAGUUUUGUCACAUUCUGCUAGCCAGAAUUUUCAAGAAGGGUUAAAACAAAGCCUGGCUAGAAGGAUAAUUAUUUUGAACAAAUCUCAUAUUCAUCUUUCAUUUAUAAAAUUGUUACUUACUCCUUCCAUGCAGUCUCUUCGUUGUCUUUAAGUGUGUGCCUUCAGGCAUGCUUAUUUAUUUUUAUUGUCUCAAGGUAACAUUUAAGAUGUAUAUUAAAGUAAAUCUACUUUUUUUUACUUCAUUAUUGCAUUUACAGGGAUUUAAUUAUACUUUGUAAUUUAUUUUUCUUAUUAGCCAAAAGUUUAAUGCAUUUUUUUGAUGAAUUAGGCACCCACAUGAACACCACAAAUCAGGACAUUGUUUUUCAUUGUUGCUAUGAAUCCUGUGAAUGAUCUCUUUUUAUUUUAAAGACCUACACUUAACCUAGAAAACAUUUGCUGUAUAAUUUGGUCAACAGUUUCCAUUCUAUCUAUCUGUAUACUGUCAUGAUGUCUUAAACUGCAGGAGUUACAUACUGAGUUUAUAUUUUUAUUUGCUUUGAGCAAGGUAGAUGGAUGUUUUGGCAAUUAUAAUGUGAAACCAUUUCUUUCUUUACAGUAUUUGACCAAAUUUGUGUGUCUAUGAUAUUUGUAAAUACAUGCGAAUAUCUGUAUUUCUUAUCAUAAGCCUAUUUAGUUUUAUUCUCAGUAGGGUUUUUUGGAUUGUACAGUGUUUAUAUGAUCUGAACUCCUUAUACAUAAGAAGGUGUGUAUAUUAAUCCAAUUAUGGACUUAAAAUAUUUUAAAAGUAUAAAUACCCUUAUUUGCUGCAAAGACCAGUGUGUAGACAUUUGCUUUUUAGCAAUAUUUUUAAGUGCUCCAUUUUAAUGCCAAGGAAUAAGUCUUUUGGCAACACAAACUGGUCAAUAAUAGGUAAUGCAGGUAUGUUCAGGUUAAGCCAACAAUGUUUUGCAUUUUUAUGCUUAUUUUCUGUCAACACUAAUGAAGUCAACAUUGCCUGAAUGUCUGAAUAAUGAAACACAUCCCUGUUUAAAAGUAUGUAACUGAAAAAGAAAUAAAAAAAAAAAUAAAAGUAGUUUUUUUAAACUUGCUCUUUCCCAUUUCCUCUAAUGAUGGGUAAAAUAAUGUCACUCCCUAAUUUAAGAUAGGAAUUUUAAAAUUUUGCUUUAUUUAGUUGGUUAUAUAUGAGAAGCAGAGCUAAAGGAAUAUGCUUUUGUUAUUUUGUUUAUGUUUUGUUUUGCUUUCUUGAAAUCCAGUGGUAAAGAGCACACACUAGAAAGGAUCUAAGCUUUCUUUAAUAUUGAAAAAAAAAUUAUACUUCUCUGAACUGUUUAAUAGAGCAAUAGUUAAAUACAUCUUCUGAUAAA